UUGAGAUAAUGAGCUCGCCUACAGGUUUCCCUGAAGAUGAAACUGUGAUAGAGUCACAGGGGGUAGUCCUAGGGGGUUCAAAAGUGCACAAUAAACUAGAUGUGUCAAACGCGACAGAGACGAACGCACUUGUGGGCUCACUGGGGUCAGUGGUUGCGCACUACGACAUGGACAAGGAAAAGAAAGAGGAAGUUGUCAUUGCAAGUCCAGACACCCCAGUAUUCGUUUCUGGAGCAUUGGAAGGGCAGGUAACUCUAGCUCAUGAGGCUGCUGUAGCAAGUUCGAAUUAUGAGCGAAUGGAGCACACGGAAGCUCUGCCUGUCGACUUUUCAGAGUAUCGUGAUCAUCAUUGUGAAAAACAAAAUGUAGAUAGUGAGAAGCACGAAGAUACUGGGGGUAUCUAUACAGAUGCUCUUUUUAAUUGCGACUCAGCAACGAGUGCGAAGACCCAAGUAGAAAAACCAAAGACUUCAGAAGAAGAAAAACUUUUUAUUGAAUCUGAAAAUGUAAACGAUGAUAAUGUAGCUAAAAGUUGCCGACCGGUUGAGGUUGCAGAGCACGCUACAACUCAAGAAGGUUCCCACAAUAGCGAAGGAAAAGACACAAACGUCAACGUGGCUGUGGAAAUGGAAAGCACAUCAGAACGCACAGUGAGUUCGGACUCCAAGUCAACAGCUGUAGAACGUUCGCAAGUUGGGGAGGGAACAAGCCCUUUGAAAGAGGAAAACGCACUCACUGAUAAGAAUGGCGACGCUGCUGCUCCGAAUUCCUCUCCAAGAUUAAAAGUUAUCGGAAAGAACGAGAAGUUGGAAAGAAAGAUGGCAUUACUAGCGAAACUGAACGAGGUCGAGUCUAGAAAGCUUAAGUACAUGGAAAAGAAGAUUACUCCCUCAUCCAGUCCUAUAGAGAAGCCAUCAAACACAGACAGAAUGUCACCACCGACUCUAGACAUUCAGGCAGCCUCUCUAGGAGAAUAUAGUGAGAGUCGAGCUGCUUCAUCGCCACAAGACUCGGAACGUGACAAAUCAUCUCGUUCGCUUCGACCACGAACUCCUGGAAGCCAGCGAAAUACGGCAAAAUUGAUCAUGUCGCCACAUACCCCUGGUAGCGACUACAAAGAAGAUCCCUUGUACUUUAAAUGCAAAAAUGUAUUGAAGAGCUUGAUGGAAAGAAAGGAUGCUCGAGCAUUUCUCAAACCAAUCGACGAGUUAUUCACCUCUGAAGAAAUUCCGGGAUACUUUCAAAUUGUCAAACACCCCAUGGAUUUAGGCACCGUACUUUACAGAAUGGAACUUGGAUUGUAUCGUCAUCCAACAGUAGAAGAAUUACCAAAAUACCCACAGUUCGACCUUGAAAGAUUUAAGGCUGAUGUUCGUCUUGUUUGGGAAAAUGCCAUGACAUAUAAUUUGCAGGGAACUCCCUAUCACACUACUGCAGCAAAACUAAGUGAAACAUUUGAAAGGAAGUUGGAAGCUACUCUCAGAAGCUUACCCGAAACAAAAUUGUUCAAGUCUAAGGAGAAGAAAAGACAGUCGGUAUCCCGUCCUGUUCAAGAGAGACCUGUAAAGAAACAGAAUGUUUCGUCGAUGAAAAGAAAAACACCUCCGGAAGCUAAUUCAAACAAGUUAUCUCAUCAUUCUUUUACGAAAGUGAAACCAACAGCUUCAACAAGCGCUGCUACAACCACUGUUUCAACAGAUAAAAAGAAUCGAAAUAAUCAUCGAACAUAUAGUAGCUUUGCUGCUGCUUCACACGCAUCCAUGACGGCAGAAAGUCCAUCGUCAUCUAUACAAAAAUUACAGGAGAAGAUAAGGGAACUGGAAAGAAUGCAAGCUAGAAUGGCUUCUUCCAGCAUAGAAUACCAAUCACAAGAUAUUUCUUCGUCUCCUAGCCCUCUCGUGAAUGUGCCGAUGACAUAUGAAGAGAAACGUAAAUUAGGAGAUAAUAUCAACUUGCUUCCUGGUGACAAACUUGCAAAGGUGGUCCAAAUUAUCAUGCGUCACAAAGGUUCCACACCUGUAAACGAUAGAGAGGAGAUAGAGAUAGAUAUAGAUGCAUUAGAUACCCGAACGUUGCGAGAAAUGGAAGCAUUUGUACAAAGUGCACUACAGAAACGAGUACAAAAGAAGAAGGGUUCCUCAUUAGGUGAAACUUUUACCACACAGACUUCAUCAGUAACUAGUGAAUUGGAAAAUUUGAGGGAGCAGUUACGAAACCUUCAAGGAACUAAUUAUGAUAUGGGCAUGACUUUAGAAAGUGGCCAGACAGUAAGUGCUACGAGUGGUGGGGGAGGGUUAAUAGGAGGCGAUGACGAUAAAGGUUUUUCUAGUACUGCCCAUGCAGAGGAAAGCGGUAAUAAUGAGUUGAGUACCGUUCCAGAAUCCUCUAAUAGAGAUUCCACUGAGCUGAAACAACAGCAACAACCAUCUGAAGAACAAAUGUAUAGUUCUGAUGAUAGUGACUCCACAAGUGACACUGCCUCUGUCUCUGAUAACUGACACAUCAUGUAAAAAUAUUUUAU